GUCUUCUUCCUAAACAGGGCGCAGGAAGAUGGCUAAUAUGGAUUUUGUAUUUGAUCACAUUUUUACAAAUCCGAGGGACUCUUGUGGGAAACCACUGGUGAAGGACUGGGAAGCUGAGCUUCUGUACUGUGCUGACGUCUGUGCAGGCCCAGUUGGCUUCUCAGAGUAUGUGCUGUGGAGGAAGAAGUGGCACGCAAAGGGCUUUGGAAUGGCUCUGCAGGGCCCGAACGACUUUAAGCUGGAAGCCUUCUACUCAGCUUCCAGGGAACUUUUUGAACCUUACUAUGGCGAGGGUGGGAUUGAUGGAGACAUCACCCGCCCAGAGAACAUCACUGCUUUUAGGAAUUUUGUCCUGGAUAACAGAUCACAAGGGUGUCCACUUUUUGAUGACCAAUGGGGAUUUCUCUGUGGUGGUACAGGAGAACCUACAAGAGAUCCUCAGCAAGCAGCUGCUGCUCUGUCAGUUCCUCAUGGCACUUUCUGUGUCUGGACAGGAGGCCACUUCAUCUGUAAAACCUUUGACCUAUUCACACCAUUCAGCAUGGGGCUCAUCUACCAACUGUGCUGUUCAUUUGAAUGAGUAUGUCUCUUUAAGCCCAUUACCAGCCGUCCUACCAACUCGAGAGGUAUGUGGUGUGCAAGGGCCUGAAGGUGGGCAUAGGUGACAGGAUUACCUCUUCUCAGUCAGUAUUAAACUCAACCAGCUGCAGCACACUGAUUCUGAUGUCAACCCUGUGGUUCCCUUGGAGGUGAUGAAGGGAGACCAUGAAUUUACUGACUACAUGAUACGGUCCAGUGAGAGCCACUGUAGUCUGCAGAUCAAAGUUCUGGCCAAAAUCUAUGCCUUUGUUCAAGAUGUGAUCCUGAGCCUUGGCAGGCAAAGAUCUGGAAACAGUGCCUUUGUCUUUGGGGGAUCCCAGACCAGGCUUGAAUUGCUCCUACUUCCUCAGACCCAAAAUCUAAGUUCUUUGACCUAAUACAGGGCACUGAGAUAGACAUCUUCAGCUCUAAGCCCACGCUGCUCACCUCCAAAACCUUGGAGAAGAUCCGCCCAGUGCUCAACUACUGCUGCAUGGUGUCUGGCAGUGAGUAGAAAUUCCUCCUCGGCCUGGGGAGGUCACAGAUCUACACAUGGGAUGGCCGCCAAUCAGACUGCUGGGUCAAGCAGGACCUGAAGACAGAGCUACCCCGGGACACUCUGCUCGCUGUGGAGAUUGUCCAUGAGCUGAAAGGGGAGGGGAAGGCCCAGCGGAAGAUUAGUGCAAUCCACAUCCUCGAUGUCCUUGUGCUGAAUGGCAGUGAUGUGCGGGAGCAAGACUUUAACCAGUGAAUUCUACUCGCUGAGAAAUUUGUGAAAGCUGUUUCUAAACCUAGUUGUCCUGACAUGAAUCCCAUCAGGAUGAAGGAGGUGUAUAGGCUGGAGGAAAUGGAGAUUUUUAGCAGGUUGGAGACGAAGAUCAUUAAGGGCUCCAGUGGCAAACUGAAGCUCAGCUACACAGGACGAGACAACCGGCACCUUGUGCCCACUGGUCUCUACAUUGUUAGGACAGUGAAUGAGCCAUGGACUAUGGGAUUCAGCAAAAGCUUUAAGAGGAAGUUCUUCUACAAGAAAACCAAGGCC